GCAGCAGCUCUGCUCGGAGCGGACAGGGAGGGAGCGCACACAAGAAAAAAAAGUCACUUUUGGCCUUUUCCCCUUCUCUUAAAUCUAAUUCUGUCGAGGGGAACAACUUUAGAGAGCCCGAAUUGACCCUGGUUUCAUCGUCAGAAGAGCCGUCGACGGGAUCGGAUUCACGGAUUCAACAGGUGUGAGCGGAGAGGAAGUGCAGAGCAGCAAUCAUGGUUGCCCUGUCGUUAAAGAUCGGUGUGGGCAACGUGGUGAAAACCAUGCAGUUUGAGCCGUCCACCAUGGUCUAUGACGCCUGCCGCAUCAUCAGGGAGAGGGUCCCCGAGGCACAGCUGGGCCAGCCCAACGACUAUGGACUGUUUCUGUCUGAUGAAGACCCAAAGAAAGGCAUCUGGCUGGAGGCGGGAAAAGCCUUGGACUACUACAUGCUCAGGAACGGGGACACGUUGGACUACAAGAAGAAGCAGAGGCCUCUGAAGAUCCGCAUGCUGGACGGCACAGUGAAGACCGUCAUGGUGGACGACUCCAAGAUCGUCAGCGACAUGCUCAUGACCAUCUGCGCCAGGAUAGGCAUAACAAACUAUGACGAAUACUCGCUGGUGCGAGACAUCGGCGAGGAGAAGAAGGAGGAAAUCACAGGCACGCUGAAAAGAGACAAGACUCUUCUAAGAGACGACAAGAAGAUGGAGAAGCUGAAGCAGAAGCUUCACACAGACGACGAGUUGAACUGGUUGGAUCACGGGCGGACGCUGAGGGAGCAGGGGGUGGAGGAGACAGAGAUGCUGCUGCUCAGGAGGAAGUUCUUCUACUCGGACCAGAACGUGGACUCCAGAGACCCCGUCCAGCUCAACUUGCUUUAUGUUCAGGCCCGUGACGACAUCUUGAACGGAUCUCACCCCGUCUCCUUCGACAAGGCCUGCGAGUUUGCAGGCUAUCAGUGUCAGAUUCAGUUCGGUGACCACAACGAGUCCAAGCACAAGCCUGGAUUUCUGGAUUUGAAGGAGUUCCUUCCAAAAGAGUACAUCAAGCACAAAGGAGAGAAAAAGAUCUUCCAGGCACAUAAAAACUGUCAGAACAUGACGGAGAUCGAGGCCAAAGUGAGUUACGUGAAGCUGGCCAGGUCCCUGAAGACGUACGGCGUGUCGUUCUUCCUGGUCAAGGAGAAGAUGAAGGGGAAGAACAAGCUGGUGCCUCGUCUGCUCGGCAUCACCAAGGAGAGUGUAAUGAGGGUGGAUGAGAAGACCAAGGAGGUGAUCCAGGAGUGGAACCUGACCAACAUCAAACGCUGGGCGGCUUCGCCCAAGAGCUUCACCCUGGACUUUGGAGACUACCAGGACGGGUACUACUCCGUGCAGACCACUGAGGGAGAGCAGAUCGCUCAGCUGAUCGCCGGCUACAUCGACAUCAUCCUGAAAAAGAAAAAGAGCAAAGACCAUUUUGGCCUGGAGGGGGAUGAGGAGUCCACCAUGCUGGAAGACUCGGUUUCUCCUAAGAAGUCCACUGUCCUGCAGCAGCAGUUCAACAAGGUGGGGAAGGUGGAGACCGGCUCGGUCGCCCUGCCGGCCAUCAUGCGCUCUGGAGCCGGAGGUCCGGAGAGCUUCCAGAUGGGCUCCAUGCCUCAGGCCAAGCAGCACAUCACCAGCGGACAGAUGCACAGAGGACACAUGCCUCCGCUGACUUCAGCGCAGCAGGCCCUGACUGGAACCAUCAACUCCAGCAUGCAGGCGGUCCAGGCGGCCCAGGCCUCUCUGGACGACUUCGACACCCUGCCCCCGUUAGGGACGGACGCCGCAUCUCAAGCGUGGCGCAAAAACAAGAUGGACGAGUCCAAGCACGAGAUCCAUUCUCAGGUGGACGCCAUCACCGCUGGCACGGCCUCCAUGGUCAACCUCACCGCAGGAGAUCCGGCGGAGACGGACUACACCGCCGUAGGCUGCGCCGUCACCACAAUCUCCUCCAACCUGACGGAGAUGUCGAAGGGUGUUAAACUUCUGGCGGCGCUGAUGGAGGACGAGGGAGCGAAUGGGCAGCAGCUGUUGUGUGCCGCCAAGAACCUGGCAUGCGCCGUCUCCGACAUGCUGAAGACGGCGCAGCCCGCAAACACAGAGCCGCGCCAGAACCUGCUGCAGGCUGCAGGGAAUGUGGGCCAGGCCAGCGGAGAGCUGCUGUCUCACAUCGGAGAGACCGACACCGACCCACAGUUCCAGGAUAUGCUGAUGCAGCUGGCCAAAGCCGUGGCCAACGCCGCCGCAGCGCUGGUGCUCAAAGCCAAGAAUGUGGCCCAGAAGACAGAGGACUCGGCCCAGCAGAACCGUGUGAUUGCGGCGGCCACCCAGUGCGCUCUUUCCACGUCGCAGCUGGUGGCGUGCACCAGGGUGGUGGCUCCAACCAUCAGCUCCCCGGUGUGCCAGGAGCAGCUGAUAGAGGCGGGCAAGCUGGUUGCUAAGUCGGUGGAAGGCUGCGUGGACGCGUCACAGCUGGCCACCAACGACGAGGGCCUCCUCAAGCAGGUGGGCGUGGCCGCCACGGGCGUCACGCAGGCCCUCAACGAGCUGCUGCAGCACAUCAAGCAGUACGCCAGCGGAGGCCAUCCCAUCGGACGGCACGGCGAAGCCACCGACCGCAUCCUGGACGUCACUGAAAACAUCUUCAGCUCCAUGGGGGAUGCUGGUGAGAUGGUUCGCCAAGCUCGUAUCCUCGCCCAGGCGACCUCUGACCUGGUCAACGCCAUCAAGAUGGACGCCGAGGGAGAAUCCGACCUGGAGAACUCCCGCAAGCUCCUCUCUGCCGCCAAGCUGUUGGCUGACGCCACCGCCAAGAUGGUGGAGGCUGCCAAGGGUGCAGCUGCAAACCCCGACAGCGAAGAACAGCAGCAGAAGCUGCGCGAGGCCGCCGAGGGUCUCCGCAUGGCCACCAACGCCGCCGCCCAGAACGCCAUCAAGAAACGGCUGGUCAACAAGCUGGAGAACGCAGCCAAACAAGCCGCCGCUGCAGCCACUCAGACCAUUGCUGCUGCCCAGCAUGCCGCCUCCACCAACAAGAACCAAGCGGCGCAGCAGCAGCUCGUCCAAAGCUGCAAGGUGGUGGCAGAGCAGAUCCCUCAGCUGGUCCAGGGCGUCCGGGGAAGCCAGUCUCAGCCUGACAGCCCCAGUGCCCAGCUGGCCCUCAUUAAUGCCAGCCAGAACUUCCUGCAGCCAGGUACAAAGAUGGUGACGGCGGCUAAAGCCACGGUUCCCACCAUCAGUGACCAGGCGUCGGCCAUGCAGCUCAGCCAGUGUGCCAAAAACCUGGCCAGUGCGCUGGCAGAGCUGCGCGCCGCCUCUCAGAAGGCUCAGGAUGCUUGUGGUCAGCUGGAGAUAGACAGCGCUCUGACGACGGUGCGAGACCUGGAGAAAGACAUCCAAGAGGCCAAAGCUUCUGCUGAGGCUGGCAAGCUGAGGCCCCUCCCCGGAGAGACGCUGGAGAAGUGCUCCCAGGAGCUGGGAACCAGCACCAAGGCCGUGACCUCCAGCAUCGCUCAGCUGCUGAGUGAAGCCACGCAGGGGAAUGAGAACUACAUAGGUAUAUCAGCCAGAGAUAUGGCCCAGACGCUCAAGUCCCUGGCUUCUGCCGCCAGAGGAGUCGCCGCCACCACCCAGGACCCGGCAGCGCGCUCCGCUAUUCUGGACUGCGCCGGUGACGUCAUGGACAAAUCUGCCAACCUGAUCGAAGAAGCCAAGAGAGCCAUCGCAAAACCUGGAGAUGCAGAGAGCCAACAGAGGCUUGCCCAGGUGGCUAAGGCCGUGUCUCAGGCUCUGAACCGGUGUGUUAACUGCCUUCCCGGCCAGAGGGAUGUGGACAACGCCAUCCGUACUGUGGGCGAAGCCAGCAAAAGCCUCCUGGCUGAUUCUUUCCCGUCCAGUGGGAGGAGUUUCCAGGAGGUCCAGGCUCAGCUCAACCAGGUGGCAGCUGGUCUGAACCAGUCAGCCAAUGAGGUGGUCCAGUCGUCCAGAGGGACCACUCAGGACUUAGCCAGGGCCACCAGCAAGUUCGGGCAGGACUUCAGCAACUUCCUGGAGGCUGGUGUGGACAUGGCGGGGACUUCCCAUUCCAAAGAGGACCAGACACAGGUGGUGUCCAACCUGAAGACCAUCUCCAUGUCGUCCAGCAAGCUGCUGCUGGCGGCCAAGGCCCUUUCCACCGACCCCGGCUCCCCCAACCUGAAGAAUCAGCUGGCGGCAGCUGCUCGGGCCGUCACAGACAGCAUCAACCAGCUCAUCACCAUGUGCACUCAGCAGGCUCCGGGCCAGAAGGAGUGUGACAACGCUCUCCGAGAGCUGGAGUCGGUGCGGGGGAUGCUGGAAAACCCAACAGAAGCGGUGAACGAGCUGUCCUUCUUCGAGUGCAUCGACAGUGUCAUGGAGAACUCAAAGGUUCUCGGCGAGUCCAUGGCUGGCAUUUCCCACAAUGCCAAGAACUCCAACCUGCCCGAGUUUGGUGAUUCAGUCAGUGCUGCAUCCAAAGCCCUGUGUGGCCUCACUGAAGCAGCUACACAGGGUGCUUAUCUGGUGGGCGUAUCGGACCCCAACAGUACAGCUGGUCAGAAGGGCCUGGUGGACCCGACUCAGUUUGCCCGGGCCAAUCAGGCUAUUCAGAUGGCCUGUCAGAACCUGGUGGACCCGGCCUGCACCCAGUCUCAGGUGCUCUCUGCAGCCACCAUCGUGGCCAAAUACACCUCUGCGCUGUGCAACGCCUGCCGCCUGGCUUCCUCCAGGACUCCUAACGCCGUCGCCAAGCGACAGUUUGUACAGUCAGCCAAAGAGGUGGCCAACACCACCGCCAACCUGGUCAAGUCCAUCAAGGCUUUAGAUGGAUCCUUUAACCAGGAGAACAGGGAGAAAUGCAAGGAAGCAACCGGUCCUCUGAUAGAAGCUGUGGACAACCUGACGGCGUUCGCCUCCAACCCGGAGUUCGCCAGCAUCCCUGCUCAGAUCAGUCCUGAGGGCCUGGCUGCCAUGGAGCCCAUCGUGGCGGCAGCAAAGACAAUGCUGGAGAGCUCGACGGGUCUGAUUCAGACGGCCCGCUCUCUGGCCGUCAACCCCAAAGACCCGCCCAAGUGGUCGGUGCUGGCGGGACACUCCAGGACCGUGUCCGACUCCAUCAAGAAGCUCAUCACCAACAUGAGAGAGAAAGCUCCUGGUCAGCGAGAAUGUGACGAGGCUAUUGAGGUGUUGAACGGCUGCAUCCGGGAAGUGGACCAGGCCUCUCUCGCUGCCAUAAGCCAGCAGCUAACGCCCCGAGAAGACAUUUCUAUGGAGACUCUUCAUGAGCAGAUGGCCGGCUCGGUUCAUGAGAUCAGUAACUUGAUUGAUCCUGUCGCCGUGGCUGCUCGAUCUGAGGCCUCGCAGCUCGGACACAAGGUCUCGCAGAUGGCCAGUUACUUUGAGCCGCUCAUCAUGGCAGCCAUCGGAACAGCGUCCAAGAUCCUGAGCAGCCAGCAGCAGAUGGCCGUCCUGGACCAGACCAAGACGCUGGCGGAGUCCGCCCUGCAGAUGCUCUACACGGCCAAGGAGGCCGGAGGAAACCCCAAGGCAGCACACAUGCAGGACGCCCUGGAAGAGUCGGUCCAGAUGAUGAAGGAGGCGGUGGACGACCUGGGCGCCACGCUGGCCGACUCGGCCAGCGCAGCAGGUGCAGUGGGAGGGAUGGUGGACUCCAUCAACGAUGCCAUCAACAAAAUGGAAGAUGCACCUGAACUGGAGUUUGAGGGCACCUUUGUGGACUACCAGACUACUAUGGUGAAGACGGCCAAGGCCAUCGCCGUCACUGUGCAGGAGAUGGUGACCAAGUCGAACACCAACCCAGACGACCUUGGAGGACUGGCCAACCAGCUCACCAACAACUUUGGAAAUCUGGCAAAUGAGGCCAAAUAUGCAGCUCUUACGGCAGAGAAUGAUGAAAUCGGUUCCCACAUUAAGAAGCAGGUGGGCGAGUUGGGCUUCACCUGCACAGGUUUGGUGACCAAAGCUGGAGCUCUGCAGUGCAACCCCAACGACUCCUUUACGAAGAAAGAGCUGAUUGAAAGUGCUCGCAAAGUCUCUGAGAAGGUCUCCCACGUGUUGGCGUCCCUGCAGGCCGGUAACCGUGGCACCCAGGCGUGCAUCACCGCGGCCAGCGCUGUGUCAGGAAUCAUUGCAGACCUCGACACGACCAUCAUGUUUGCCACUGCCGGCACUCUGAACCGAGAAAACGCAGAGACCUUUGCUGACCACAGAGAAUGUAUUCUAAAGACGGCCAAAGCCUUAGUGGAGGACACAAAGUUACUGGUCUCCGGUGCCGGAGCCAGUCAGGAGAAACUGGCCCAGGCCGCCCAGUCGUCAGUCACCACCAUCACCAAACUGGCAGAGGUGGUGAAACAAGGAGCCGCCAGCCUGGGCUCUGAAGACCCGGAGACCCAGGUGGUCUUGAUCAAUGCAGUGAAGGACGUGGCCAAAGCUCUGGGCAACCUCAUCAGCGCCACGAAGGCAGCAGCAGGAAAACCGCACGACGACCCCAGCAUGCUCCAGCUGAAGAGCUCGGCUAAGGUGAUGGUGACCAACGUAACGUCUCUGCUGAAGACCGUGAAGGCAGUGGAGGAUGAAGCCACGAAAGGCACCAGGGCAUUGGAGGCCACUAUUGAGCACAUCAAGCAGGAGCUGACUGUGUUCUGUAGUUCUGACCCGCCAUCAAAAACAACCACACCGGAGGAGUUCAUCCGCACGACUAAAGGGAUCACCAUGGCAACAGCCAAAGCCGUGGCUGCUGGGAACUCUUGUCGUCAGGAGGAUAUCAUUGCCACAGCCAACCUGAGCAGAAGAGCCAUCGCCGACAUGCUGCACUCCUGCAAACAAGCUGCGUACCACCCGGAGGUCAGCCCUGAGGUUCAGAUGCGAGCGCUGCGCUACGGCAAUGAAUGUGCUUCUGGAUACCUGGGACUGCUGGAGCACGUGCUGGUGAUCAUCCAGAAACCCACUCAUGAUCUGAAGCAGCAGUUGGCCACCUACUCCAAGCGUGUGGCGGGCAGCGUCACCGAGCUCAUCCAGGCUGCCGAGGCUAUGAAAGGCACGGAGUGGGUGGACCCGGAGGAUCCGACUGUCAUCGCAGAGAAUGAGCUGCUGGGAGCGGCGGCGGCCAUUGAAGCAGCUGCCAAGAAACUGGAGCAGCUGAGGCCGAGGACCAAACCCAAGGAGGCGGAUGAGAGCUUGAACUUUGAGGAGCAGAUUCUGGAGGCUGCCAAGUCCAUCGCAGCUGCCACAAGCGCUCUGGUCAAAGCUGCUUCAGCGGCCCAGAGGGAGCUGGUGGCUCAGGGGAAGGUUGGAGCGAUCCCGGCCAACGCGGUGGAUGAUGGACAGUGGUCUCAAGGCCUCAUUUCAGCCGCUCGGAUGGUUGCGGCAGCGACCAACAACCUGUGCGAAGCGGCCAACUCUGCGGUGCAGGGACACGCCAGCGAGGAGAAGCUCAUCUCGUCUGCCAAGCAGGUGGCGGCCUCCACCGCUCAGCUGUUGGUGGCCUGCAAGGUCAAGGCUGACCACGACUCCCAGACCAUGAAGAGGCUCCAGGCUGCUGGGAACGCUGUGAAGAGAGCCUCUGACAACCUGGUGAAAGCAGCCCAGAAGGCAGCGUUCGACGCCCAGGACGACCAGGCCGUGGUGGUCAAGAGUAAGAUGGUGGGAGGCAUCGCGCAGAUCAUUGCCGCUCAGGAGGAGAUGCUGCGGAAAGAAAGGGAGCUGGAAGAGGCCAGGAAGAAGCUGGCCAUGAUCAGACAGCAACAGUACAAGUUCCUCCCGUCGGAGCUGCGAGAGGACGGCCAGGAACAGUGAGGGCGUGGAAGCCCCCGCUAACACAAGCGUUGGUGACGCAGUGAUCCUGGGGAUGCUCAGGACGUCUCCCAGCGCUGGUUGGGAAGACACAAUGCCUUUUAUCUUCUGUGUUUCAUUUUCAAAGUAAAAAAUUAUAACAUUGCCAGUGACAUGAAUUCUGCUAAUACUAAGAUACAUGCCUUCAAGUACUUAUUAAGUUAAACGUGCUUUUGAUAAUAUAUGUAGGUAUACUUUCCAGUAUUUUUUUCCUUUUCCAUGUACGUCUGUGAUGCUCGCCUUCGCCACCCCACCCUGACUGUUACAUCUCAGCGAAAAGGCAGCAUGACAGCGAUUUAUGCUUCAGCGCCAAUCAUUCAUAAUCUAUGCACAUUUUCUAUAUGUUUAUUCUUUUUAUUUUAUUUUCAAAGAGCCUCGUAUGUGGUCGUCGGUCCUGGGGGGGGUCGCUGGUCUCGGGACGGGACUGUGAUCAGCUUGUUGACUAUCAUUGUACAAAGCUGAAAAUAAACAGCAUAAUGAAAUGAUGGUAUUUUAAAGUUUAGAUUUGGAGGGGGGGGGUGCUCAGUAUUUUUUAAAGAAUGAACUAUGAACUAUAUUAAAAAGCUGUCUAGAUUUGUGUUGGUAUUUAGAUCUUCAUUACAUUAGGGGACAUUUGUCUGAUGAUUAUCAAGCCAUAUAUUUAAUGUCAAAGUAUUUGACAUGUGUGACUGUAUCUGGCUGCUCUGUGUUUGAGUCACUCCAGUAACUUUGUACUUAAAUGAGUUUCUGAUGCAGAGCCAUUUAUUUUUGGUAAAUUCCUGAUCAGAGGUGUGUUUUAUCUAACUAGUGCGUUCCUCUCCGGGAGGACGAGCACAAUAGGCCUCGCGGUCGCUCACUCCAAAAGCAGAUAAGCAUUGUGUUUUCGGUUGUUUCCAUUUUGCCUUUGGGGUGAAAUCCCUUCAUCACUCGGCUCAUAACGGUGUCCAGGAAACGACUGUCAUCCUUCAUGGACUUCACAUCACAUGUUGACUAUAUAACGCUGGUGCACAAUACUACCACCUGACGGGCACUGUAAUAGAGAUUUAUAUACAAUAAAGGCAGUUUUCACUGAAAUUAAA